CACUGGGGCCUUGGCUGCCGAUGCUCCAGCUCUGCAAGGUCACCGCCUCGCUGCUCAUCAGCAACGCCGGGGCAGCCCGCAACGAGGACCUGCUCACGCGAGAGGGAGUCACCUUCUGCGUUAAUGUCACCAGGCAGCAGCCGUUCCCCGGCCUCCAGCAGGUCCGGGGCAUGCGCGUACCUGUGUUCGAUGAUCCGGCUGAAGACCUGUAUCGGUAUUUUGAGCAGUGCAGUGAUGCUAUCGAAGAGGCUGUGAAGAGCGGUGGGAAGUGCUUGGUUUACUGUAAAAAUGGCCGCAGCCGAUCAGCUGCCAUUUGCACUGCUUAUCUGAUGAAACACCGAAAGCUCCCACUCAAGGAUGCCUUUGAGACUGUGAAGACUGCCAGACCAGUAGCAGAACCCAAUGCAGGAUUUUGGUCUCAGCUGCAGAGAUAUGAAGAAGAUUUGCAGAUACCAAAGCAGUCUGAUCUGCUGAGCAAAGGACUUAAAAAUAGCAAUGUAUGAAGAUGUUUUAGAGUUAGGUGGCUUGCUACAGAUUUAAAAAAAAAAUAAAUAAUCACUUCA